CUUAUUAAAUAGAUGGUUUAGUUUAGAAUUGAUUUUGUGGAAUUUGUUCUCAUGUCUGGAAAUGAUCAUUCGAGCCCCCACGAGUUAAUUGACUCGGUAGAAUGUUACUCAAUAAUUGGAGCAUUGACAAGCAAACGGAAGAAAACGUUUGUCAAACUUGUUCACGUUCCCGCGAAAGACCUCUCGGGUAAACGACCUUCCGUAUAUGGUAAUCAAAUAUCGGUAAGAAGCAGUGUGCGGAAAGUGUCCGCUGACAGUGUAGCGGCAUCCACUGUGUUUUGUGGUGCUAAUCUUGAGCUGUAUGAAUGUUUGAAAUUCGGUAAACGAAAACUGAUGCAUGUUUUCAAUAUAGCACAUAUUACUGAUGCUACGGUUCAGCAACACUCGCCUGCAAAAAAGACAAAGACAUCACAAGUUUUUAAAGAGUUGGACAUUUGUUUUGGUGAAACAACAGCUGUGAAGUUGAUAUUUGAAGACAAAAAUGACGAGGCAACAUCUUGGUGUUCGCGACUCAAAGAAAUAAACACUGAAGUUAAUAGUCUAUUCAAAUGGAAACAGAAUCCAGUUUUUACUGCCAACUCGGCUUAUACUGCGCCUUACGGAGUGAGGUUGUUAACCGAAGUCGCAGGCGUCGACCAAACUCUGAAUUACGAGUUGAAAGUACUCCUGGAAUGUAUAAUUAUGAAAACACUAUGGAAUGGUGUUGAUAUAGAAAGUGAGACUCCUAAUUCAGUUGUCAUGUAUUGGCCGAUCACAGCGAUUAAACGAUUCGGCGUCCAUGCAGCGGACAAUCAUAUUUUCUCGAUCGAAUACCUCGAAUGUGAUUCAGAUUCGAGCGAAGCCGCGGCAUGUGUGUUCCGUUCAGCUUUCGCGAUCGUUCUUGUUGGUCAGAUUGAAAAAAGAGUGAGGGCUUUGGGAAAAGUUGACAUGGGAAAUGUUUACAGUGAUGUUGAAACCCAAAACAGAAAGUCAGUCUUGGGAACAUUGCGAUCGGCGAAGUCGUUCGACGAAACCGAGGAAGAGGCGGCGGGCGCUGCCCCUGCGAGGAAGCCGACGCUGCCCCUGCGACCGGCAAAUGGCGUUGAAUAUUCAUCAUUUUCAUCAGAGUCGGACAAUGAGUUUGAGCCUUUGGAAGCUGAGAGUAAGCUGAACCAGUCUACCGAGUUUAUCGAAUCAGUCAGCGGAGAUGCAGCUGAGCCGGUGUACCACGUGGUAGACAUAGAAGCAGAGAAAAAGGAUAAAAAUCUUCUCAUUCAAGAUGAAUACGAGGAAUUACACUACCAAAGUGUGGACGUUCUAACCAUGCCUGGAAAGAAACACUCAUCUCCUACGAGCCCUACCGACGUGCAAACCGCUGCCUUCAAUUCUAACAAUUCAUCGCAGAAAACGAGUGAAGCUUGUGCUUCUAAAGCAGAGAAAUCACCAUAUAAAGACAGUAGUCACGAACACUCUGUGUCACAUCAUAAGCAGUCAUCGAAUUCAAAGAAAAAUACAAAUUGUCAAGUUUCGACUGCUCAGAAUGAUAGAAAAAUGUCCAGCGACAAGACUGAAGGACGAGCAGAGCAACACGAGAGAGAAAAAUUGGGGAAAGGGCAAGCAAAGAAAGGAAGUCAUAGUGGUGUAGUGAGCAAAUUGGUAGAAUCUUACCAACUGUGAAACUCGAACUUUAAGCUUAGCUUUCACAUAGUUAUCAAUUUUUCUAUAAUUUAUAGAUUUCGAUAACUAACUAAUGUUUUAUUUCUGAUUCUGAUUAAAAAUUAAAUUGUUAGCUCUAGCUUGCGAAAAUGAUUAAUCAUCUGUUGAAUCUGUUUUGUUGGUGAUCUAAAUGAACUUAAAAAGCUGGCCCAUAGUGCAACGGAAAUCAUUUUGCUAUAGUAUAAUAAACAAAUAGUCUUCGUCGAAUCAUUCGAUAUUCCAUGCUUAACUGAAAAUCAAAAAACCACCUAGCUCAAAAUUUCUUGCCACAUAUCGCUAAAUCUAAAGAUGCUAAAAUUAUUUUUAUGAACUUAAUUUUCUGUUAGAUUAAUGUUCAUUCCAGUCACUUCUUUCAUGUGUUUUUAUGUAAAUACUUCAAAUUGAUCUAUUUUGAUUUGUACAGAAAAUUAUUUUAUUAUGCAAGGCAUUGUAAUUGUAAAUACAUAUUUUUUGAUUCUGAAAUUUACA